AUGGUAAGUGGAACGAGUCCAGCACCGAAUCAGGGCUACACUGUCGCAUUCUGGCGCGGCCUGUGGUCAGAGACCGUAAACCACAGCGAGGGCCCUUGGACAGAAGUUGUGGCGAGUCAGUGUGCGGGUAUUACGCCUAUGGACCCCGUCAUCAUAACGCUGGAUGACGUAGCUGAGGCGGUCCGUAGGGCCCCAAACUGGAAAAGUCCGAGGCUUGACGGGCUGCAUCACUACUGGUUGAAGGAGUUCGUGGUGUGUCACGCUGUGCAAAGUAAGAGCUCUCAACCAGGAGUCGCUCCCGAGCCUUUUCACUACUGGGAUCACUCAUUUACUUCCUAA